AUGCGCUUCCACCAAAAAGCGCUCAUCACAAUUGGGCAAUAUUUGAAAUCAUCAGUAAACGAAGGCCUGAUCUUGCAACCGACUGAUUCAUUUGACAUUGAAUGUCAUGUCGAUGCGGAUUUUGCCGGUCUUUAUUCAGUUGAAGACGUUAUGGAUCCUACAUGCGUCAAGUCAAGAACUGGAUACGUCAUCUCAGUCUGUGGAUGCCCUGUCGUUUGGGUGUCAAGACUACAAACCGACAUUGCCACUGCCACAAUGGAAGCGGAAUACAAUGCACUGUAA